AUAAGUUUCAAUAUUUUGCUAUUAAUGUCUUGAGAUUUGUUCUUUUUUAUUAUUCAAUCUGAAUAUCGAUUAUCGAUUCUGAUAACGUUUUUCGUAGGACUACUCGAUUACAAUUGUUGCGAAAUAUAUUUGCAAUUUACAAGUGAAUUUUAUGUGUUAACAAUGUAUCCAGUGGAUAACCGAAAUAUCUGGAUUAAUAAUCAUGUUAAUAAUCGUAAUUAUGGAUACGAUUACAAACGUAAAAAGUUAAAGAAGGUCAUUAAAGAUUUGGUUUAUGAAAAUGCUUCUAUUUGUGACGAAAUAUCGCUAAAUCAAGAAAAAUUAUUAAUUGUGCGAGAACAAUGCAAGUUUUUAACUAAAAAGUUAAAGACUUUUGAACCUCAAAUAGAUGUUUCUGCUGCCAGUGUAAAUACAACAGUAAAGAAGGCAACUCCAAGAAAAAAAGCAACUACUAAUGGUGUUAAACCUAAGCCAAGACGUCCUGCUGCUAAACAUAAGAAGAAAAUUAUAGAAGUCCAAGAACCAAUAACUAGUGGAAAUGUAACUAUUUACAACUUUGGAGAAAUUGUAUAUGAUACACCAUUUUAUUAUUCAGACUGUGCAAUCUAUCCAGCUGGAUAUUAUGCAUCAAGAACGUAUGCUCAUUUUAGAAAUAUAUUCUCUAAAUGUACUUAUCAUUGCAAAGUUAUAAAAGCUGGUUCAUCUCCAAGAUUUGAGAUCAUGGAUCAUGAUAAACAUUUCAAAGUCACUGGCUUGAGCACUGAUGAAUGCCAUAGUCAUCUUAUAUCAUUAAUUAAUAAAUUGCUUGGUGCUGAAGAUUUAAUACCUGCAAAUAGAAAUGGUGAUAGAUUUUUUGGAUUGACCUUACCUUCAGUUCGUUUGAAACUACAAGAAGCACCGGAAUCUAAAUUUUGCACAGGAUACAUUCCAUUAGAAUUGCAGCCAGACAAUCAUGAAUCCGAAUUAAAAGCUGAAAGUGAUCCUGCAGUGAGUUUUGAGGGUCUACAUAAUACAUUGAAUAGAUUUCGAUCUAGACAUUAAGAAGUGUUAUUAUAGCACCAAUUUUAUACUCAAGUUUAUACUAAUGAGUGAUGAGUAAAUGUAAUUUUAUGAAACAAAUGUAUACUAUUAUAAUAAUUAUAUUAUUAAGCUUAAAAAAAUAUACUUAACUACUAAUUAUUUAAUAUUAAUAAAUAGGAAACGGAUUUUAUUGUAAAUACAUAUUUUUAUUGGAAUGCGAUAUUUUAAAUCUGAUAAAAAAUGUGUACCAUUUAAAUCAGCAUAGUAGCCCAUUUGACACCUACUGUACCACAGCAGAACAGUAUACUGAUUCUCAUUUAGUCAUUUGCCAACCUUAUUUUCAUUGAUAUUUUAUAUAUUAUACUGAUAACUAAAAAUUUGAUACUUUGAUAGAACUAAAUUAUAGAUAAAUUAAAAUAUUAUUGAAACAUCAUGAAAAUGUACAGUCCACACAAAAUUGGUUCACGGCCAACUCCUAGUUUAGACAAUUUAUAUUGUGCCUGGGCAAUGUUAACUAUAAUGAAACUUACCAAUCUUAUGCCAAUUGUAUCAACACUACCAAAAUUACCUUACAAUUGGAUAUAACUACAUAAAACAUAUUUUUGUUGGUGGUAGGGUGUACCAAUAUUAACACCAAAUUUGUUUUGUGUGUGUAUUUAAUUUAAAAAUGUGUACAAUUUAAAAUAUAUUAUUUAUGUAAACAAUAAUGCAUAUAGGUUAGAUUAGUAUAGUGGUUGGCAAUUUUUUUGGAUUCUCAGACCACAUUCUCAAAUAAAAAAAGUUCAGCGAGCUAGUACACUAUAGCCGUAUGGGGUGCUGGUUACCAAUCACUGAAUUAGUGUAUACUAUAUAACAGGAGUGGCCAAACCGCGACUCGCAUUUUAUCGUAACAUUUUACAAAAAAAAAUUUUUAUAUGAAUUUAUGUGUAUUUAUAUUUAUGUAUGACCUUUUUUUCUUUUUUUUUUACAUUUUGGCUCUUCUAUAUUUAUUAAUAUAUUUGGUGGCUCGCGAGUCUCUUCUCGCUAGCCACCCCUGCUAUAUAAUAUAUAUAAUUAAAGCUAUAAAAAGCUUGAAUAUGAAAUGUAAAUUUAACAAUUUAUUCCGUUUGAUUAAAGACAUUUUGUAAUUUAUAAUCUGUUAUUAAUUAAAUUUGAUGCCGUAGAGUACCUAUAUUGUAUUUGUAUCAUUGAUCAUUGUAUGUACCUAUAAUGCCUGUGUGAACUUUCUAUAUAUUUAUUUAUACAUAGUUUUACCUAGUAAAAAAAUGUUUUAAUAUUUUAAAAUAUUAAAUAUGCAGUAAUUCAUUACUAUA